CACGCACAGACCCAUUACGCAACUUACUUAAAGAGAACCCAAAUAUUCUGAGACUCCAGCAAGUGUUCAGAUUGCACAGAGAUUAGGGUUAUGGUCAAAUUGCAGAUGACGAUGACCCAGUUGAAGCCAAUUCUCUCUCACCUUGAUGCCAUACGCUCCACUCCCGGAAAGUUCAAAGCAGACAAAUACUCACCGCUCUUUCGCUUCCGUUUACUCUCGGUACCCAAACUCACCCUCUGGUCCAUUCUCUUCCUCAUCCUCAUUCUCCUCUUUUUCCUUUUCUCUCCACCCACCACCCCUAACCCCUCUCGCCGGGCCCUCCAAACCACUUCCUGGGGCGGCUCCACAUGGGAACAUCGGGUCCGGAUCUCGGCCCGAACGGUGUCCAAAACCCGCCGUACUGUCCUCGUCACCGGUGCCGCCGGAUUCGUUGGGUUCCACGUCUCCGCCGCACUGAAGCGCCGCGGUGACGGGGUUGUGGGUCUCGAUAAUUUCAAUGCUUACUACGACAUUGGCUUGAAAGAGGGCCGAAAGGCCCUUCUAGAGAAAUCGGGUGUAUUCAUCGUCGAAGGCGAUAUAAACGAUGGCGCUUUGCUUCGGAAGCUCUUUGAUAUUGUGGCUUUCACACACGUGAUGCACUUGGCUGCCCAAGCCGGUGUACGGUACGCAAUGCAGAACCCAAGUUCGUAUAUUCAUAGCAAUAUUGCUGGGUUUGUGAAUUUACUUGAAGUCUGUAAAUCAGCAACAAUCCAACCUGCAAUAAUUUGGGCUUCGUCUAGUUCGGUUUACGGUUUAAAUUCUGAAGUACCCUUUUCGGAAAAAGACCGGACUGAUCAGCCUGCAAGUCUAUAUGCUGCUACUAAGAAGGCUGAUGAAGGAAUCGCACAUGCGUAUAAUCAUAUAUAUGGGUUAUCGAUUACUGGGUUGAGGUUUUUCACGGUUUAUGGACCUUGGGGUAGGCCAGACAUGGCGUAUUUCUUUUUCACGAGAGAUAUUUUGAAGGGGAAGCCGAUAAUGAUAUAUGAGGGUUCUGAUCAUGGCACUGUGGCUAGAGAUUUUACCUACAUUGAUGAUGUGGUGAAGGGUUGUUUGAGGGCGUUAGAUACAGCGAAGAAGAGUACAGGGAGUGGUGGGAAAAGGAAGGGUUCCGCUCAAUUGAGGAUUUACAAUUUGGGGAAUACCAGUCCGGUGCCGGUGAGUGAGUUGGUGAGUAAAUUAGAGAAGCUUUUGAAGGUCAAGGCUAAAAAGAAGGUGGUGACAAUGCCGAGGAAUGGGGAUGUGAUGUAUACACAUGCAAAUAUUAGUUUGGCACAGAAGGAGCUGGGGUACAAGCCCACGACUGAUUUGGAGACUGGAUUGAAGAAGUUCGUCAAGUGGUACCUCAAAUACUAUGAUUCGAAGAAGAAGAAGAGUGCCUGGUGAAUUGCCGAAAAAGGUGGUGCACAAAAACUCUAACCUUGCUACAUUUGAUUGCCUAUGAUUUUACCACUUUGUGGUGAUUAAUUUCCAUUUUGGUUUCUCUUUGUAAGCUCAAUAAUGUCAUACAAGGUGGAAUUAUAUCCUGCAAGAUUGGUAAGAGUUGUUGGUUGCCCUGCAAUUUUUAUUUUAUUUGAUUUUACUUUUUUUGCAGGAUGUGAUUCAAGCCCCGCCUCCUUGUUACACCUCUGUUUCUGUUUAGAUUUUUCUAUUUGUAGGGUAGGAUUGUACAGUAUUUGACUGAUAGCUUACAACCAUUUGCGGAUUUUUGGACUUCCUUUUAUAAUAAUCGCAUUGCAG